CACCCCCAAGACAGUGUUUGGAUUCAAACCAGAGCCAGCAUGACCAGUAACAGUAACUUGUGACUUCACAGUCAGCCACAGAAUUCUGCCAUCAUGGUUCCCCUUGGAAACCUGCGAAGAUUCUGCAGCAGGCUCACUUGGCAGCAUUUUAGAUUAGCUGAAGCAUCUUCGAUAAAUUGGCUGUCUUUGGCUGUCAGUUUAUUAGCAGCUUAUCAGCUUAGUUGUCAAGAUGGGUGGCUGUUGGUCAUGUGUGGCCUGCAGGUCUCACCCAGAGGCAGAACCAAAGGAUGAAGAUGAAGAGGGGGCACUGACAGGUCAUCCCAGAAACCCAACCCAUGUUGCACCACUUUCUGGGGGACUCUCCAAUGUUUUGGGGGACACUCUGGGGAAAGAGCUCAUUGAGGAACCCUCCAUGCCAGAACCCCUUCCAGCACCUCGCAUCACCAAUGACAUCCUGGAGGAAGAGCUCACUGAGGAACCCUCCAUGCCAGAACCUCUUCCAGCACCUGGCAUGACCAAUGACAUCCUGGAGGAAGAGCUCACUGAGGAACCCUCCAUGCCAGAACCCCUUCCAACACCUUGCAUCACCAAUGACCUACUGGGGAAAGUGCUCAUUGAGGAUACCUCAGUGCCAGGUCCUUCCAUCCUCACAGACACUCCAAAGGAAGCAGCUUCUGUGUCAGAGCCCUUACUAGAGCCUUCCAUUGCUGAUAAUUAUCUUGAGCAAGAAGCAGAACUCCUCAAAGGGUUACAGCAUGACUAUGUCCAGCAGCAACUGAGGGUUCGCCGCAUUUCCCAACAGUUCCCUCGUUCUCUCCGGGCCAUCAACCUGCAAAUCGGACACACGCGGACAAGGCUCAUCCGCAGUGAAGUUCGGCUGCAGCGGUGGGAAAGGGAAGGUAUGUUCACAGCCUGCCCCUGAAAUUGCUGCUGGGCUAAGAACGGCUCUUUUGUUUAUUUCAUGUUGAAAUGCUUGAUUUGAGUCUGCAUCUAAGGUUUCAGGGGGGAGGCCUGUGAGUGGGUUGUCAGUGCUUGCUGAAGUGUUCCUUCGUUUUCUGUCUUUCAUGUGUCCAAGCUCCAGUGCCUGUAAUCCAAGCAGCUUCUCAGAGUGAGCAGUGAGGGCAAGUGAUGGUGGGUGUGGUAGGAUGUCAGCCUUUGCAGCUGACCUCCUGCUUCUUCUUCUCUCUUGCAGAAGUUCCUGCAGGCCCUGCUGCACUUCUCCAGCCCUCUGGGUCUGAUUCAUCAUUGUCCUCUGCUUCCCUUGAGGUUGCCUCCAUCCCACCCUCCACCUCCACUUCUUCCCUCCUCCUGCAUCCCUCUCCACCUCCUCCUCCUUCCCCACCUCCUCUGGAGCCGGACCUCAGCAAUGUAAAAGAAACUCUGCAGAGUUUGGUAGAGAUGCAGGUCCAUCAGCUGCGUGACCGCCAAAGAGACCUCCGCAGCUGCCAGGAAUGCUUACAAAGCUUCAAGGCACUGAGGGGACAAUUGAGGCGGCUAAGGAGCAGACUGGCCAGGGUGGAAGCCACUAUGGGGAUCAUGGUUCCUCCAAGGGAGCUGGACGUUGCUGAGGAAGAAGGGGAAGGCAAAUUAAAAGAGACAACUGUGCUACUAUUUACAUAAGUAGCAAUAAAAUGCUGUGUAUAUAUUUUUUAAAAAUUAAAUAUUUGUUUUAAUAGGAUGUAGAGAUAGAACAGCAAUAAAACUUGCAUAUUUAUUGUUUAAAAAAAUAAAAUGUUUUAUUUUAA